AUGGAAGAAUUAGAAGAACAGCAGAGCGAAGUAUUAAAUAUUAGGAAGUUUAGGAAAAGAUCAAGUCAUGGGCGACUUCGAGAUGUUAAUAAAAAACUAAAGUUAACGACUCAUGAAUUAGGGGACGAUUGUAUGUGUAAGAGACUAAAGUGUUUUCAAAAAAUCACUAUUAAAGAAAGACAAGUCAUUUUAAACAACUUUAAUCAACUGAAUUCAACUACCCAACAAAAUUUAUACUUAUGUGGACUAAUAUCAUGUAAGACUAUCCAACGAAGACGUCCACGAAAAUCUGAAGAUACCGCAUUACUGCACGACAAGUCUUAUUUAUAUCAUGUCAAAAUUAAAAGGGACGCAGAUAUUUUGGAGAUCCCUGUAUGUUAUAAGGCUUUUUGUCCAUACAUGGCAUUACUAAAAAGAAAAUGGAGUACCUACAAAAAUCUUUGA